UUCAUUAUAUCUACUUUGCUAUAGCCUAUACGGAUAUGUUUUUUUUUUCACAUUAUGUAAUUUGUCGGGGCCGGUGUAGAUGAUCAAACCAUGACUAUAAACAAAUGUGAAUUGUCAAAGAUUUCCCACUUUUAUGGUUGUUGGUAUGUGAAUCUGCCGUGUUGCCAGUUGCCACCUCGUUUCAAUCUUCAAACCACAUGGCUCAGUCAAAUUCAGAUAUUUGAUUAAAGCCAUUUCAGAUUGCAGUCAAGCCACACCCAUAGAUUAAAACCGGGGGGGGGGGGGGGACACGGCUCAAUCUCUCUCUAUAAAUAGCCAACCUCCACCAAUCUCAUCCAAUUCAACAUAUCAACUCCCCCCAACCCCAAUUACUCUGCUCAAAACGGAGAAAAGAUGGUACUCUCCCACAGGAAAAACCUUUUCAGAACCUUAUUGGUUUUCUCCUUGUUAGUAGCUUCGGUCCAACUUGGAGCAACGAGGCUACUGAAUGGAAAUCAGUUGGUGGCGAAAGAUAAGCACGAGGUUCAAUCGCUCCCUCGAGGUCCGGUGAAAGGGUCCGGUCACAAUCCGUGCACGAACAUCCCUGGAAGAGAAACCGGCGUCUGCAAGCUGGGUGGCAUGAAUAUAGCCGGUAAUGCUAUGCAUUCUUUUUCAGCAUUUCCCAGCGUUGUUGCUGAGUUUGGGGUGGCUUCCACUGCCAGUGGGGCUCAUGAUCAAGACAUUAGCUCUUAGUGGCUAACAAAUUUAGAUAUCCAAGACUUACAAAAUAGAUA